AUGAACCUCAACAAUGUUUUGAUGCUCACUGGAACAAACUUUAGAGCCUGGAGAGAUUCGGUAGAGCGUUAUAUGAUGAUGCAUGAGAAUAUAGAGGAUGAACCUGAGGCAUUAACUAAAGAUAGUUCAGCUGAGGAGGUUAAGGCAUUUAAAGCUUGGCACAGGUCAGAUAGAAUGGCCAAGAACACCAUUAGGAACACUAUGUCUGACACUGUAAGAGGUAGUGUAGAAGAACCUGACUUGGCUACUGACUAUAUGGAGGCCAUUGAGAGAAAACUUAAAGAGAGUGAGAAAGCAGAGGCUGCAAGAUUGUCUAAGGCUUUCCAUGAGCUGAAGUAUGAAGGAUCUGGGGGAGUUAGAGAGCACAUAAUGAAGCUGAUCCACAUUAAUACUAGGCUCAGGGAGUUACUGAUGGGAGUGAAUGAUAGGCAAGUGGUGCAUGUUGCACUGCAUUCUUUGCCAAAUACCUUCAGUGGGCUUAGAACUAGCUACAAUGCUCUAAAGGGUACCUAG